AUGACAUAGUAUUUGAAAAAGAAGAUAAAAUCUAAGAAAAAGAACAAUAAUGUGAUAUAGUACAAGGAGUUGGAGGAAGACAACGAUGGAAAUGAAUUUGAAAAUGGAAUUGGGGAAAAAAGUACUGAAUUCUAGGAUGAAAGCGAAGAUAGCAGUUUGUAUGGCUAAGAAUAGUUAAUAUAUGGAAGUGAUCCAUCUCUAAUUAUGAACAUGGCAGGAAAUGGUAAUGGCCAGAGAUAGAAAUCUUACGCCAGUAGCUCGUCUAAUAACGGAUUAUUCUAAAAUAUAGACAUAAGCGAUAGCAAAUUUGAAGAGCAGAAGGCAGAAAAAUUUGAUCCCAAUAGAAUUUUAGUCGAGUCAGAUGCUUGGCCUGAAGAGUAAGAAGUUCAGGUUAAGUCUAAGAUCCAUAAGUUACUCCGACGAGAAAUGACUUAGAUAGAUCCUAGCAAGAUAUAUUUUAGCUAGAUUAAGAGUAAGCAUCUCAAAGAGUUGAGAUAUCUUCAUGAGGAAUGGUUUCCUCUGAAUUAUCCAGACACCUUCUAUGAUAAAAUAACUAAGAAUAAAGUAAUAGCAAUAGGCUGCUUUAUCGAUCUAGAUGCUUAGAAUAAGAACGUAAUACUAGGAUGUGCACUUGUCAAGAUUAAUAGCAAUAAUGAAGACAUUACUGAGAUGUACACUGCAAAGGAUUACUAUAGUGGAGGCAUUUUCAAUUGGUUCAAGACUACUUUGACUUGCAGAGAGUACUAGGCUGCUUAUAUUAUGACCAUAGGAGUAGUCGAUGAGUGUCGUAGGAUGGGACUUGGCACAAUGUUAUUAAGAGAAAUAAUCAAAAUUUUGAAUCAGUAAAUAACAGCCUGUGAAGUGAUAUACUUGCAUGUGGUAGACUAUAAUGAGACAGCAAUAAAGUUUUAUGAGAAAAAUGACUUUAGAGUGUUAAAAAGAGUUAAAAGCCAUUAUGUGAUCUUUGACAAGACUUAUGAUGGACUACUGCUCUACAAAGACAUUAAGGUUGAUUAGAGCAACGAAAGUCAUGAUGAUGAAAGUAAUCUUUAGCCAGCUAAAAGUGAAGGUGAAACUUUAUAAAAUAGUGAGCAAGUGAAUGCCAAAGGGAUAUUGAGCUAUAUUAAAUAUCCCUUUGAGUUUGUAUAUCAAAGAGUAUUGUAAAAUUCUUAAUAAAAUUAAUGA